GCGGACCCCGGAAGUGCAACUCGAACUUGGUCGGUGCGCGGAUCCCGAGAGGAAAAGUCAUAACAACCGCACGAGGGAGUUCGACUGGCGAACUGGAAGGCCACGCCUCCUCCCGCCAACCCCCGCAGCCCUGUAGCUGGGGGCAGAGCUCAGACUGUCUUCUGAAGAUUGAUGUCUAUUUCCUUGAGCUCUUUAAUUUUGUUGCCAGUUUGGAUAAGCAUGGCACAAAUCCAGCAGGGAGGUCCAGAUGAAAAAGAAAAGACUACAGCACUGAAAGAUUUAUUAUCUAGAAUAGAUUUGGAUGAACUAAUGAAAAAAGAUGAACCGCCUCUUGAUUUUCCUGAUACUCUGGAAGGAUUUGAAUAUGCUUUUAAUGAAAAGGGGCAGUUAAGACACAUAAAAACUGGGGAACCAUUUGUUUUCAACUACCGGGAAGACUUACACAGAUGGAACCAGAAAAGAUAUGAGGCUCUAGGAGAGAUCAUCACAAAAUAUGUAUAUGAGCUCCUGGAAAAGGACUGUAAUUUGAAAAAGAUCUCUAUUCCAGUAGAUGCUACUGAGAGUGAACCAAAGAGUUUUAUCUUUAUGAGUGAGGAUGCUUUGACAAAUCCACAGAAACUGAUGAUUUUAAUUCAUGGUAGUGGUGUUGUCAGGGCAGGUCAGUGGGCUAGAAGGCUUAUUAUAAAUGAAGAUCUGGACAGUGGCACACAGAUACCUUUUAUUAAGAGAGCUUUGGAUGAAGGAUAUGGAGUAAUAGUACUAAAUCCAAAUGAAAACUAUAUCGAAGUAGAAAAACCUAAGAUACAUAUACAUUCUUCUUCGGAUAGUUCUGAUGAACCAGCAGAAAAACGUGAAAGAAAAGAUAAAGUCCCUAAAGAAACAAAGAAGCGACGUGAUUUCUAUGAGAAGUAUCGUAACCCCCAAAGAGAAAAAGAAAUGAUGCAGUUGUAUAUCAGAGAAAAUGGUUCUCCCGAAGAGCAUGCAGUCUAUGUGUGGGAUCAUUUUAUAGCCCAAUCUGCAGCUGAGAAUGUAUUUUUUGUUGCUCACAGUUAUGGAGGACUUGCUUUUGUUGAACUGAUGAUUCAACGAGAAGCAGAUGUAAAAAGUAAGGUAACUGCUGUGGCAUUGACAGACUCUGUUCACAAUGUGUGGCAUCAAGAAGCUGGCAAAACGAUUCGGGAAUGGAUGAGAGAGAACUGUUGCAAUUGGGUCUCUAGCUCGGAACCAUUAGACACAUCAGUGGAGUCCAUGCUGCCUGACUGUCCCCGAGUCUCAGCAGGCACCGAUCGUCACGAGCUGACCUCCUGGAAGAGCUUCCCGUCUAUUUUCAAAUUCUUUACCGAAGCCUCUGAGGCAAAAACCAGUUCCCUCAAGCCGGCUCUGACGCGACGCUCCCACAGAAUAAAACACGAAGAGUUGUAAGAGGAGAGCGAGCGAGACGGGGGAGGGGAAGAAAAGGAACCACACUCGAGCAUGCAUCCACACGUCUCUUAACUGCUUGUCGUCAGCGAGCAGACUCCCAGCCCCUCAUUAGAUUGUUUUCUUCCUAGAGCACAGGGUCGUGAUAUACACAUCUAAAUAGCGUUUUGCAUUAUUUCUAGAUGAGUGCAACUGUCAAAGCAAUAUGGGUUCACUGGUCGUGCUUCCUGCGGGCUGAGCUCGGGCUUCGCGCUGCCCGUCAGCGCGCAGAUUAAGGCUGACAGCGCCCUGCCCCGCGCGGUCCGCGCGGCUCUAAUUGCCUGACGGAACCCGCGCCGGCGCUGAGGGGCGAGCGGCGUCUGCGCGGUCCUACAGCCCGCCGCUGCGCAGCCGCUGCUUCUCCCCGCCCCCAGUCCCACUCAAUCCCCACCCCCAAUCAUGUUCUGUUCAUUUCUUUGCCUCUGAGCAGGACCAAACUUCUACUCUAGACUUCAAACUUCCAUUUAAAUAGGUUUUUCCCUGAGGGCAUCUUAUGCCUCUCUCUCUUUUUUUUUCCCCCCUCAGAAAAGCGAAGUUUAAAUUGAGAACACGAAUGCCAUGACGCACUACGUGGUUUGGGGUGUGCAGAUUGUUCCCUCCCUAACGAUCUAUUUUCAUUUCGAGACCAAAAGAAAAACUGUGCAUAAAAAUUUGACAGUACCGAAUCCACAUUACUGCUGAAAAUCCUUACCAGUUGAAUAUGAGAUUUUUACACAAGACUAAUUGCAGAAGAAACUGUUUGAACCAAAACAUGAUGAGAAGAUAUUCUAAGUUUAUGUGUGAAAGGUCCCCUUUUCAAUGGAAUUUCCAACUUGGUCAUUGGAAUUGACUUGAAUUUUUGAAUAUAUAGCGUGCAUUGAGUGGAAUUGUGAUUUAAAUAACACACCUGAGUUUUGCUUUUUAAAUCUUAAUGUGGCGAAAGUUUUUUGUUGUUGAUCCUAACUAGAAUGAGCUAUUCUGAACUUUCGUGGAGUUAGGCCCUUUUGAGAAUAGAAUUUUUUUAUUGUCAUCAGGAAAAAGAACCUGUGUACUCAGGGGCCUUUUCCUUCUGGAAGGCUAAAUGGGGCUAAAAUUAUUCUUGUAAGUUUUCUGCUCCAAAGUAAAGGUUGAGACCUGGUGUGAAAGAUUUUCUCCUCUCAGUCCGGUGGUAUAAUUUUUUGCACUCCACUUAUUCUGUAGGGUUUUGCCCUAUAUUUGCAACAAUUAAGCAUUUUAAAUCCAGCUAAGGCCUGGCCAACACUGUGAAACAAGAGGUAAAAUAAGUUGAUUUUACUGACUUUUGAAUUAAAUGUUAAAUUUUAACAUAAAUCAAUUUUUAAUUACUUGAAGAAUUUAAUUAUCUAGUAAAUAUUCUGUUUCUAAUAGAUGAGGACCUGAAUUUAAUAUUUUUCCAUCCUUUUUUAAAGUGUAUGCAACACUAACAUACUUGCCUUAUUUGAGGACAUGAAAAAAUGUACCCAUAAUGAUUUAGAACUGUCUUAACUCCUCAGAAAAUAAUUUAAAAUCUACCACCUCAUAGAUAAAUGUUUUUAUAUUCUAAACCGAUUUCAGCAAGUUUUAAAACUGAUAUCUCAUGCUAUGUUUGGCAUAUAAGUACAUUAAUUCUUAUAGUUUUAAUGAUGGUAAAUUAAAGUGAUCCUUUUUUCAGUGGUCAUGUCUGCAUAUCUUUUGAUGUUAUCUAGCCAGAAACAACAGAAGAGUAAAUAUCAAAAUGGCCUUUUAUCCAGUUCCUGAAUAGCUUGAAAAAGUAUAAUCCCGAUGUUCGAUCUCUCCUAUUUUAGAAUAAAUAGUGACAUCUAUAAGAUAAUGGUAUGUUUCAGAGAAAGGAUUGGAGAAUUGCUGUGGAUUGAAUAUAUUUUUCAAAGUGUAUAAAUUGGCGCCUUCAGUAUUUGAAAACGUUCACAGGAAAUAAAUUUUACAGCAUUUCUUUUUUAAAUCAGCACUUGCACAAUGCUAAAUUCAUGCAGCUUCCUCAGCUAAAUUAAUGUGCUCAGCUUAUAAAGCAAAUCACUCCUAUUCCUUCUCUUAGAUUUUCUUACCUCUGUUUUAAUAACCUUUCCUUGUAACUAGAGUAAAUCAUUGUUUAGUUGUCUUUAAUACUUUAAAACUACUGGGUUUUAGGUCUUGGUUAACUAUCUAUAGAGAGCUAUUUGCAAAUUUAAGUUGUGUAAAUUUAAUUUCACCUUGUGGAUCUGAGCUGUGGCAACCUGGAGAGAGCGAGGCAAGCCAUCCCAGACCACCAACUGAUAACUGCUCAGACUCCUUGUAAUGUAGGAUAUUUUAACCUGUUGAUAAUGGGUCUGUUGGUAUAAAUGUAAUAAUAUCGUUCACCUCAAUAUUCCUGUAGCAACAAGCAGUUGAUAGUAGCCCGCCUGCUUGGGAGCGGCCAGAUGUUAACAGUAUUUCUGCUCUGAUCUUCUCCUCCGCAUUUUUGGUUUCUAUAGACUGGCUUUUAGGAGAAUAGAGAUUUAAAGUUAGGAUGUGGGCUUUUUAUUUUAAAUAUACUUAGUUCUUAGAGACAGUGGAAUGGGAAGGAAGGAGUUGUUAAAGCAUCUAAAAUGCCAGAUAAUCUUGUCAAAACUGAAAAGCCAGGCAUUGCUUUGGAGCUUUCUAAUGGUACAAACCAUGGGAUUUGGUCAGGCUUUAAAAGUUUUCAUGGCUAUUUGAAGGUGAGGUGCGGGUAUCUACUUGUAAUAAUUGUUUUUUUCUCAAGUUUCCGCCUUGUGCUUUGACUUGUAUUGCAUUAUUGUUUAUACCAUAAAAAAGUAAAGCACAGGAGUUCCUAUACAUUAUAUAUUUCUGUUUACCAUUUAAAAAUAAAAACCGUUUUCCCAACAAGCAGAGGCAUAUGAUUUUUGCUGUGAAAUUUAUUUAUUCACCAACUAUACAGAGGCUGAUAAAAAAGCAGAAACCUGAAAACAAUGGUAAAACAACAUUUCUCAAUAUUUUAAACCUUUUAACUGUUAAUUAUUACUAUUAUUGUUGUUAUAAUAGUAAUAUCCAGGCUUUGAGUCAACUUUCACAAAACAAACUUUUUUAAAAGACAUUUGUUUUUAAUAUCCAAAAUAUCUCCUUAGCUAUCAAUGAAAUUUAAACAGCCCAUUGUUAAACUAUUGUUUUAUAAAAUAAAUUUUAAUAUUCCAUAAAUAAAUGUGUUUUACAAAAAAGAGUCUGGUGAUACUAAAUUGUUCCCAAAUUCCUAUAUAUGGGUUCUUGAUGUAUUAUGUCCAAUCUGAAAGUAACUUACAUUUAUUUUACAGCUCUUCCUUCCUUAAAACCCUGUAAUUCUUUCAAGAAGGUAUGGUGACAAAAUAUUUAACUAUAUUUAUUAGUGCUAAUUUACUAGGGUUGUUUUUUUUUUUUUU